AUGGCAAUCUCAUUAUUUCAGGUAGCCAUAGUAAAACGAAGUUUAUUUUCUACAAAGAUAUCUUGUGGAGGAGCUUUGAUUCAUCAAAAAUGGGUAUUAACAGCUGCUCAUUGUGUUUAUCGAUCUCCUGCAUCGUCACUCAGAAUUCGUGUAGGUGAAUAUGACACUAAAUCUCGUUCUAAAGAUUAUCCCCCCGAAGAUUAUGGCGUGAAAAGGAAAAUCGUAAACGAAGAAUAUGAGGCAUUAAGCUAUAAAAAUGACAUUGCGCUUUUGGAAUUAUCUCAUCCUGUUGCAUUUAGAAAACAUAUAAUUCCAGUUUGUUUGCCAAAAUUUGAGGAUAAUUACACGGGAGAAAUGGCUACCGUCACCGGUUGGGGUCGGACAGAUUUCAAAAAGAAACUAAUACCGAAUGUUCUUCAGAAAGUUAAAGUUGAGGUGCUGGAUAGUGAAGAGUGCCAAAAAUGGCUAGAAAAAGCGGGUAGAAAAGAGACUGUCUUCAACACUAUGGUUUGUGCAGGAUACAAAGAUGGAGGAAAAGAUUCUUGUCAGUUUCUCGGAUGGCAAUUGCUGUGUUGUUGUGGAUUUGUUUUUACUUUAACCAUGGAAGAUGAAAAUUGUGGCAAACGUAACAUUUCUGACGAAGAAUUAGAUUUUAAAAUCGUAGGAGGACUACCGGCACGUCCAGGAGAAUGGCCUUGGCAGGUUUCUGUGCAGUUAACACAUCCUCAAUAUGGUAAAAUAGGACAUUGGUGUGGUGGAGUUCUGGUUGAUAAGAGGUGGGUGCUGACAGCAGCACAUUGCAUAAUCAACAGCCUUUUCGCUUUGCCUCAACCUGUAUUUUGGAAAAUAAGAUUAGGAGAUUAUCAUCUCAAGAAAACCGAGGGAACAGAGUCUACUAUUGCCGUAUCGGAUGUAUAUUAUAAUCGUUGGUAUUUAGGCUAUCAGAAUGAUUUAGCAUUAAUGAGGCUUUCUGAACCUGCGAAAAUUGAUUAUUACGUGCGACCUAUUUGUCUUCCCACUUCCGAGGAUGGAUUCGAAGACAUGACAUGCACCGCAACAGGAUGGGGAAAAGCCGAUUUCAAUAAAACAGGAUCGAGUAUCCUGCAGAAAGUAUCAGUCAAAGUUAUGGAAAAUUCUAUUUGUUUAAAUGCCUAUAUGAAGAAUUUCAAUAUUUCCAUUCUGCCUUCUCAUCUGUGUGCUGGAGACCUGGCUGGUGGCAAAGGAACAUGCUUGGGUGAUUCUGGAGGACCGUUGCAAUGUUUAAUAAAGGACAAAUGGUAUUUAGCGGGCUUGACAUCUUUUGGAUCAGGAUGUGCCAAACCGGGAUUUCCUGAUGUCUACACGAAAGUAACUUAUUUCGUCGAUUGGAUCAAGCAUAUUCAACAUACGCACAUUGCCAGAUUUUAAAAUCACGAAUGACAUUUCAAAAUAAAUUCUACCAUACUGUUAAAUUCAAAUCAAACGAAUUAAAAUUUCUAAAACUCUAGAAAAAACCUAAAUCAAAAUUAUAAUUUUUCAUUUGCAAUAAAC